AGCAUGUACGGACAGAAGUGUUGGAUAUGGGCGGCCAUGUUGGCUCUCCUGGUCCUGACGGUGGCAGUGGUGGAGGCCGGAAAAGCAGACAAACAAGGGAAGAGGGAGCGCAAGUCGGACUGCGGCGAGUGGCAGUGGAGCGUGUGCGUGGCCAACGAGGGCGACUGCGGCCUGGGCACCCGGGAGGGCACCCGCUCCGGCACCGACUGCAAAAUGAACAUGAAGUCGCAGCGCUGCAAGAUCCCCUGCAACUGGAAGAAGCAGUUCGGAGGCGAGUGCAAGUACGACUUCCAGAACUGGGGCGAGUGUGACAUGACCACCGGGAUGAAGAACAGGACGGGCGUCCUCAAGCGCGCCCUCAUGGACGCCACCUGCCCCAACACCGUCACCGCCACCAAGCCCUGCGGCAAGAUCGCCAAGACCAAGCUCCAAGACUCCAAGAAGCCCAAACGGGACGGAAGGAAGAAGGAAAGCACCCCGAUGGACUAGUAUAGAGAGACGCGGCGGAGUGCUGACUGAAACAGAGUCUGCUUCGCUCCGCUCCUCCUGCUCUUCCUCCUCCUCCUCCUCCUCUUCCCAUAGGUCAUCCGGUGCAGAGUUUAAGGCCCUAUAGCACUCGAGCAGUAAACCCAGAGAGUGAGAGGAUGUGUAGAAAAAGAAAAGAAGAAAAAAAACGACAGAGCGUGUUUUAUGUUGUUCUAUCCUAUAUACACUCUGAUAGAUGAGUUGUAACUUUUGUAGCUAAUUUCAUACUCCUAUAAUGUUGAUACUGAUAGUGUGAGCGAAGUUUGAUAUUAAAAAAAGAAAAUAUCUAAUCGAAUUAACCUUUUUUUUGUUCUGGAUCAGGUUCUUGUAAAGUACAACAGGGUUGGAAUGUUCUUUUGGAGUGUCUGGAAACCAUUUUGAAAGAAUUGUGUCAUAUUACUGAAUGUUCUGUGUCUUAAAUGUAGACUUUCUUGUCAUCACGCCAAGGCAAUAGUUAGGCAAUAUUGUCCUAGAUUCCCACUGUGCGAGUGUAGACCCAAUGCAUUUUAAUGGACAUCGUUUCCACUGGUGACACUGUAAUGUGUAGAGCUGUGUCUGAUGUCCAUGCUAGUGUUGUCGAGUGGGUUCCCCCAUACCACUGGUCCUUACUGUCUCAUUCAUGCGUAAGUGAAUAAAAGAAGAAUCCAUAAAUAA